AUGGAUGAUGAUAUUGGAGAUGUUGAUUCACUGUUGCCUAGACAGGGAUAUUACUGUUGGAAGGCUUUUUUCGCAGAGUUCUUUGCCCUCCUCAAUAUUGCACUAUGUCACAGUUCAAUUCUCCUCUUUGGAAAAGAUUUGGACUGCUUUUAUAUGGUGGCUUUUAACUCAUAUCUGUAUUAUUCAGUGUACAUGUGUCCUAAUUUCCGUGAUUUCCAUUUCAAUAUAAUUAAAGCUUUAAGUACCCAGAACCUUUUUAUAACAUUAUCUGUGGAUGUCACUGCAGUAUCAAAGCAAGCAGGUUCAGGAGUAUUUGUAAGGGUUGCAUUGGGCUCUGAAUGGGGAACAUCUUUGAGACAAUUGCGCUUCUGUACAGUAACUACUAAGCUGGUGUUGGAUAAUGAAAUCAUCAAGGAAAUAAAAGCUGUAUCAAAACUCUUGGCGGUGAUUGCCACAUCAGAGCAAUCCUCCUCUCUGUUUCUCUGUAACAAGCAGCUCACUCCCAUGCUUCUAAGUUUCUGCGUGACUGUUCUUUCAGAUGUUGGUUAUGUUGGUGAUGAAGAAGCAACUGCUGCAACUUUGUAUUCUGCGGGAUGGUUGAGAACUGGAGACCUUUGUUACAUUGACAGUGAAGGCUUUCUGUUUUUUGUGGAUCGCAUUAAGGAACUAAUCAAAUAG